CCCCGCGGUGUCCGCGCCGCUCCCGCUCCCGCGGCGCUUUCUGAUCAGGCAGUGCGCAGGGCGCCCGCAGCGGCGCUGAGGGCGGGCGAUGGCGGCGGCGGCGGCGGCCGGGCGGGCCUGGGCCCGGGGCGCGCUGCGAGCGGCAUGGAGAGGCUUUGCUUCUGUGCCAGUGAAAGGCAGCUGCAGUCCCUACUCCAGCCUGGCAUGGGCUUUCCAGACACGCUGCUCCCUCUCUGCCCCCUGGACUGGGACAGUGGAGCAGUGCAGGAAAAGCAGUUUCUUCAAUACCUUGACAGCUGAUCAGCUAUGGAAAGGAGCUUUGGCAGAGACUGGUGUAGGAGUAAAGAAAGGAAGAGGAAAGAAAAAGAAGAAGAAGCUAAGGAAGAAUCUCAAUAGAGGCCAGGAGAUUGGUGAAGGACGUUCUGGUUUCCUCUGGCCUGGUCUUAAUGCUCCUGUGUUGCAAACUGGGAGAGUGCAAGAAGUUGCCCAGCGGAAAAAAGAAGAACGAGAGAGAAUUCAGUCUGAAAUCAUUCAGCAGAGAGAUACAUUUGAGAAGAAAAAGAAAAUAAAAAUUAAGAGAGAGGGAGGAUGGAGUGGAAAGUGUUGGGGAGGUGUCAUUCUGGAUCCUCCUGACCCUGGGCCGAAUGGAGAAACUUAUGAAGACUUUGAAACAAGAGUCAUCGAGGUGAGAAAUGUGUUUUGUAUGAAGGCAAAGGAAGGCAGGAAAAAAUCAGUACGUGCCUUAGUGGCUGUUGGGAAUGGCAAAGGGGCUGCAGGUUUUGCCAUAGGGAAGGCAGGUGACAGGACAAAUGCUUUAAGGAAAGCAAAGAAUAAAGCAAUAAGCUCCUUACACUUUAUAGAGAUGUAUCAGAACCACACAAUUUACCAUGACAUUUCUGUGAAAUUUAAAAGGACAAAAAUCCGCAUGAAGAAACAAAACAAAGGGUAUGGUCUGCACUGCCACCGAGCCAUUAUCACCAUCUGCAGGCUGAUUGGCAUUAAGGACAUGUAUGCCAAGGUCACUGGAUCCAAAAACUUGAUUAACAUCACCAGAGCUCUCUUCAGAGGCUUGACCCUACAGGAACUGAGGCUUUGCCUGCCUUCAGGUGCACAGAUUGGUUUAACUAGCACGUAAUUGCCUGCUCUCCAGAGCAGAUGCCUGCAGACCUCCUCAUCCUGCGGAGGAGGCUGGAGAAGAGCAGAGGUGAGGAUUCCACUUUCACAACCAGAUGCAACCUGGUGGUGGCUGCAGGGCACAAUAGGCCCAAUGUGUCAGCAGUGUGAAUGGGACUUGCAAAUGCUCUGAAAAAAAAAAAAAAAAGGCUGAGCUGUGGCUUUUUGAAUGGGCUGCUGCAUCCAGGCACAGCUGCAAGGGAAUGCCAGGAUGGAGGGGUACCAGUCUGGGGGGUCUGGGAAUUCCUGAGCAAAUGGGACUUUGGGCCAUGCUGGGGCUGCAGUGUCUGUGUUCAACAAACUGCAGGGACAGCCUUCCCACACCCUGGGGAGCCCUGCCAGAAUGCCACUGGCCCCAUGGAAGUGUCCCCAAGGGAAAAGGCUUGCUAGCCUGCAGUGCCCGACGCCCAUUCCAGCAAAGUGACACAAAUCUCUGGGGUCAGUGCUGCCCUGGGGCUCUCUGUGGGGAGGAGAUGUGCUGCACAUGUGGUCUGGAGGUUCUGGGGGAUUCUCUGAGCUCUGGGCAGCUUCCUUCCCUUCAGGAAGUUCUGGGCUGUGCCGCUUCCCAGACCGCUUCCUUGGGCUGCCCAGCUUCCAGGCCGUGGCUGUGCUGAGAUGACCAAAGCUGGGCAUGAUGAACCUCUUUGGUGUCAUUUUGUCUCUCUCCCACCGUGCAGGAAGGGGCACAUUGCAGCAGUUCAGCAGCCACCCCUCCCCUGUCCCUGUCCCUGUCCCUGCUGGGCCCUGCAGCCCGUGCCAAGCAGGGACACCCCUUCCCCUGCCCAGCUGCCCGGGGUGCAGCUUGGGGUCACACCCAGAGCCCAGGGCAGGGCUGCAGAUCCCUGCCUGUGCCAGCACAUCCAAGCAAAAAGGCAUCUUUGUGUUCCCGUGUCACAUCCAGGGGCGUUCAUAGAACCUGGGCACCAACACCCCACACACCCCACGAUGAUGGGAUGAUGAAACCAGUUUCAACAGGUGGGUGUUGGUGUGCCAUUGUCCAGAGUGGCUUUGAGCUCCCUCCCUGCUCUGAAAAGGGAUUUCUCUUCCCACCUCUGUUGCAACCAGUUCCCUGUUGUCACAGUAACACAAGCAAAACAAGUCAGGCUGGUUUUCAGCGAGGAAAAAAUCUCCAUGAAUGUUUUCCUUAGUUUGCAAUUAAAAAGCUUCAAACCAAACCCAUGGUCACAGGUCAAAAGUUUCCCUGGAUAUGAGGCAAGAGAGGAGCCUCCAAGUCAACUUUUUUUAUUUCCCUCUUGUCCUCUAGUCCUGGUUGUUCUCCAGGAACUUCAGACUUAAAAUGGAAGCAUUCUUUGCCCCACAAGCUGGAAGAGGUAAUUUGGCACUGCUGUUGUUUAGGCACCUCUAACACAUUGAAAGCAUCCCUUCCUGGGUGUAAAUCCCAUUUCAGUUCAUCAUUGGCACGGUUUAGCCCCAGCUGGCAGCUGAGCUCCACUCAGCCUCCUGGGGCUGUGCCUGGCUGCAGCAAAGGGAAAAAGAGCAGCAAGGACUCACCCAUCUCAACAUCACAGCAAACCCAUCUUUAUUAGUGACCCCGUGGCAGUGUGAGAGAGUAGCCAUUCACCAAAUGCAGGAGUUGAUUGCCUCUGCUUCCUGAGGAUUUGUUUCUGCCACCCAGAGCAUUCUCCAGCCCACUGGGCCCCUUCCAGGUUCUGCUUUGUAGGGGUCCAGGGCAGUGGGAACUCCUGGCCUUACAGCUGUGCCUCAGAAUUCAGCAGCACCCUUCAGGAGCUGCAGUGGUCCGCAUUGCUCCUGAGCAGAGUUAAACAUUGUUCCCAUUGCUCAUUGCAAGUCAGAGAAGGCAUUUGCAGAAGCUGCAUGAAAAUAUUAAUUUGUACAGCAGUUUUAGCGGGGAAACAGACUUAAAUGGGCACAGAGCAAUUGGAAUGACACAGUUUCACAUUUGUGCUCCUUGGUGUUUGUUGUUCACUUUUCCCCUGAUACCAGUAACAACCCUGGACACAUAAAGGUGCAGUCCAGGGAUAUUUUAGCCCUUUGAACCCAA